AUGUUGACUUCCUUCCUCUUCUACCCAUCGCUUGGGUAUAACUUGCUGCGCAAUCGGCUGCAACCGGAUAAAUGGGCCUGGUAUAAUCGAAUCGACGAUGGGUUAGUGCUCGGAGCAAUGCCUUUCAAAUCAAUGAGGGAAGAGCUUGUAAAUAAAGAGAACAUUGGCGGCGUGGUAUGCUGCACAGAGCCCUACGAGCUCAAGGCGGCUUGGAGUGCAAUGAAUGCAGAGGACUGGAAGGAGCACGGAGUCCGGUUCCAUGCCAUCCCUAUGCAUGAUUUUGUUGGGACUGCUGCACGUCCAGAAUUGAUCGAGGCGGUCGCUUUUAUGAAUGAUGUCAACAAUAGCGGCAAGUCAGUAUACGUACAUUGCAAGGCUGGCCGAAUGCGCUCUGUUACCGUGGCCACUUGUUAUGUGAUGCAAAAGAAGAACUGGCUCCCGAAUGUGGCCUUUGAAUUCAUCAAAACGCAUCGGCCGCAGGUAAUUGUCCUUGCCGCAAAAGUUAUCAAGAAU